AUGGUGUACACGGUUGCAGCACUGGACCGAAGAAAAGACCGCUUGGAGGCUUUGGCCAGUAAGCUCUCUGACAAAAAAGGUAAAAUAUACCCCGUCAAAACGGACGUAACUAAAGAAGAAGACAUUUUGAACGCCUUCAAAUGGAUUAAAGAAAACCUGGGCCCGGUACAUAUUCUAGUCAACGAUGCUGGUAUACUUGGACAUACAAAACUCGCAGAUGGAGACACUGAAAUUUGGAGAAACUCCCUCGACGUCAACGUCCUCGGUUUGUCCAUAGCUACGAGGGAAGCUGUAAGAGAUAUGAGAGCAAACAAAGUAGAUGGUCACAUAAUACACAUCAAUAGUAUCUUGGGGCAUCAAGUUCUCGAUUUCACGGGAAUGAACGUAUAUCCUGCCUGUAAAUUUGCAGUGACAGCCUUGGCAGAGACUUUGAGACUGGAGCUUCUCAAUUCGAAGUCAAAAAUAAAGAUUACGGUAAUAUUUUAUCGACUUAUCGUAUCGGCACAAUUUCAAAACUAUUAUCAGAAAAUCUUUACUGUAAUAUUUGUAUUAAUUAUUCGUUUUGAGCAAUGUUGGUCUCGAAAUGAGAAGAAAGUUAUGAAAAAUGUUUUAGAUACCCUUUUGCUAUAA